UAUCUAGGUCACCUCAUUAAGAGUCUGAGGGUGCCUCAAAACAUACAGACACGAGCACGAAGCUGAAUACAGUGAUGUAAGGAUGCUUCUCCUCCGGAACAAAUACAUUGUGACAUCCCCCUCUGCCACUAGCCGCCCGUUCAUUUGCUUCCUCCUUCACUCUGUGCUUGCUCUGUACAUUCUAAUCUCCCGGCCCACCGCCAGGAGCAUUGGGCGGAGCGACGGACGUGACGAAGUCGAAGCCGGCCAUCUGGUCCAAUAAGGGCGCAAAGCCAGCUGAUCAGGAGAACGAAGGGAUGCAGGAAGAGUGGUGGUUUGUCAGUCAA